GGAGAACUCUGAUUGAUAGAGCAUCAUUUUUUUUAUUAAUAGGAAGUAAAAUCAUCUGAGAAUAAAGCAGAAGAAAGUGGAAUAUGAGAAAGUACAGGAGGUUUGAAAUAGUCUUUGCACAGAAUGGAAGAGUGAACUGACAAAAGAAACUUAAUUAGAUUUUUCGGUAGUGUUGAGGGCUCAGCAGAGGUUACUGAACAGAAUUCUCUUCUGUCUUUGUCUAUCUGGGAAGCUUCUGUUGUUUUAAGGCCUUAAACUUUAAGGCAUACUGUGACUCAGGGACUCUUGCUUGCCUUUUCCUGGAAGUGUUGGCCAUGCUUUUUUUAAUGCCCUCACCGAACCCUAUUAUGUCUUGUUCAUCAUUAUGUCAACAAAUAUUUUCGGAUCCCCUACUUGCCUAGCACUAGGAACUGGGGAUAGAGUAGGGAGCAAUCAGAAUCUUUGCCACCAUGGAACUUAUAUUUCUAGUUAGGGUAAAUAGACAAUAAGCAAAUAAAUAUUUAUAUGAGAUGGUACUAAGUGCUAUGGAGAAAAAUAAUGCAAGGUAAGUAAGAUAAGGAUGUUGGGGAGAGUGUUGCUAUUUUCUGCAAACACUUUUUAGGGAAGAACUCACUAAUAUGGUGGUGUUUGAACAGAGACUUGAAACGAGGGAGUAAACCUUGAGGGCACCUGGAAGGAAGAGUGCUUACGCUUCUGCUCAACUAGUGGUAUAAGUCACCUGUUGUCCCCUUCUUUCUUUACUAAUAGAACCCAUGAGUUGUAUAUUGGUACAUGACCACUGAAAUAAAGAUUAAAUUUUAUAGCUUUCCUUACAGCAAGGCAUGCCCAUGUGAUUGAGUAAUGUGUGCAGUUGCCAGGCUGUACCCUUAAAAGAAAGGAUAUACCUUCUCCUUUCUCUUUUCUCUCACCUCAUCAGCUGGGAUGGGACCCAGCAGACAUAGUGGGGAACUCUCUUAGACCCUGAAAACAGGACUACUUCCUUGGAAAAGGUAAAAUAACUAAAAGGCUGCCAUGUUAGCCCUUGAGUAUUUAUACUUGGACAGUUAUGUGAGAGGAAAAAAUAAACUAUCACGUUUAAGCCAUGGUAUUUUGGGUCUUUUUAUUACAGCAUAUGUGUGGUAGGCAGAAUUUUAAGAUGUUCUCUGAGAUUUCCUGCUCCCUGGUAUAUAGCUCCCUAGUCUGCCCUGCAUAUUCCCUGGGACUGUGAAUGUGACUGGUUUUACUUCUGUAAUUAGGUUAUAUAUAUGGCGUAGUUGACUAUCAGAAAGAGAUUGCCUGAGGGGGCCUGACAUAAUCACAUGAGCCCUUUACAAGCAAGGAGUUUUCUUUGGCUGGUGUCAGAAGGGGACGUCAGAUAAAUCUGAAGCAUGAGAAGUGUAUGAGGCACUGUUGCUGAACUGAAUAUGGAGGGACCAUGUGGCAAGGAGGGCAAGUGGCAUGAGAGUGGCCCCUGGCUGGUGGAAAGGAAGGAAACAGGGAUACCAGUCCUAAAACUGCAAGGAGCUGAGUCUUGCUAACAAUGAUAAUGAGCGUGGAAGUGCAUUUUUUUCCCUAGAGCCUCUACAUGAGAGCUCAGCCCAACCUACACCUUGAUUUCAGGCUUAUGUUAUCCUGAGCAGAGAACUCAGCCAUGUCAUGCUGGACAUGUGAUCUACAGAACUGUGAAACACUAUAUGGAUCUUGUUUUUAAAGCUGCUUUAGUUUAUGAUAAUUUGUUACACAGCUACAGAAAACUUAUAUAUUAGUGAGCAUGCUCCAGAGAAAUAGAACUGAUAGGCUGAGAAGUCCCACAAUAGGUUGUCUGCAAGCAUGAGAACCAGGAAAGCUGGUGAUGCAAUUCAAUCUAAGUUUGAAGGCCUGAGAACCAGGUGUGCUGAUGUCCAAGGACAGAAGAUGGAUGUCUCAGCGCCAACAGAGAACAAAUUCUCCCUCUGCCUUUUUGUUCUAUUCAGACAACAGAUCGGAUGAUGCCUGCCCACAUUUGUGAGAGUAAUCAAUCUUUUUUACUUUAUUCCUUUACUUUAUAGUCUAUCUAUAAAAAUACCAAUCUCUUCUAGAAAUAUCCUUACAGACACACCCAGGAAUAAUGUUUACCAGCCAUCUGUGCAUCUCUUAACCCUGUCAAGCUGACACAUAAAAUUAACCAUCACAACUUGUACUAUCCCCUAACUGAAUCCCAAGCAGAGAGCACAGUAGGCUCUGAGGUGAAAGUAUGUUUGGUGUGAUCCCGGCAUAGCAGAAGUGGAAUGAAUAUAUAAAGAGAAGGCUGCAGAGGAAGCAGGCAGUUAUGAGAUAGCAAUUUGUAGGUCAUGGUAGGACUUCGGCUUUCACCUGAGGGAAUGUUUUUAGGAGGUGGGGUAGGGUACAUGGACAUGUCGGGAGGAGGGGAAGUCUUAAAAGGACCUUGUUGAGACCUGGCACUAGCUUAGACACUCAGUAAAUGGAUAAACUGAAACCUGCUCACGACGCCCUCUGGAUUGCUAGUCUGAAUCAACCCUGUCAGUCAGAUCCGCCCUGGUCCUCCACAGGUCCCUGUCCCAAGCUUGCAGCAGCCCGCAAGUUUGGCCUGGGUCCCGCCCCUCGGGGCGUGGCUCUGCCCUUGGCGCCGCCCACAUUCGACCCUGGCCCCUCCUCUUUCUGGCUCUCAGGGGUGCUACUGGCCAGGCUCGGGCCUCUGGGGGUCUUGUAACGGUCCUAACAGCUGGGGGCGGGUGGAGCUGCGGGUGGGUCCUCCACUCGGAUCUGCUUUCCUUGUCUUCCGGGACCUGCUGUUGCUCCCCCCUCCACGGCCCCUCCGCCCCCAGUCGCCUCCUCUUCCCCUCCCAGCCCGCUCCUUUGCCCCUUCUUCCUCUCGGCCGCCCCGCUCGCCUCCUGACCAAGGAGUUCGCUGUGCCAGCUCCUUGGCUGUCUGUCCUCACGACCUCCUCAGCCUCUGGACGAAGACGCCAUGGGACUGCAGCUUUGCUGCCUCUCGGUGACGACCCGUUCCUCCCCUUCAGGCGAUCGCCAGCUGGAGUGAAGGCUCCUUGCUGUGACCGAGGCUCUCCUAGGUUCUCUGAGUGAGCCCUGCCGGUGUGUCAGUUUGGCUCUUCAGGUGGUUACACGCACUCCCCAAUGAAACCUCAUCAGCAGAUCCGGCUGCCUUCCCCUCCCUUGCCUCCUAUCCCCCUCAGGCCAGCCCACACAGGUGAGGCCCGGCAGCCGAGAACCUGGAACUGGCAGUUGAAUCCUGAGCUGUGGGCAAGGUCACUUCGACAGCAGUUGAAUGCCCAGCUUCUGGUCUCAGAGGAGAGGAGGGUAGGUUUGUCUCCCAAGGAGGCAUUAUCUGAUGCCCUUGAGUCUCAGCACUCUGUACGUGUCCCGGACAGCAAAGGACAGCCCAGGGCCUGUCAGAGGAAACAGAGGCAGUUCCUGAAGCCAGUGACUGAGUCAGAGCAUCCCACAGUGCUGGAGCUCCUGCUGGCUGAGCUCCGAACUCUAUUCUCAGCUGUGCUACAGGAUGGUAGCCCUGCAGCUUGGCACUACCUGCAUGCAGUAUUGGGCCUGCUGCCUCCGUAUCGUGAGUUGCUAGUUGGUCACCUUGAUUUACUGCCCUUCCUGGAGCAGCUGUACUGCUGGGCGCCCCGGGUCAAAUGCCAGCUCCAGCUGGACCUGCUAGAGGCCAUGGACCGGGCCUUUCCUCCAGACAACUCUUUGUUAGACAGUGCCUCCCACACUGACUGCCGUCCUCGGAAGCAGAGGUUCCAUCACAGGCCCCCCUGCCCAGCCUGCCCUUUUGUGCAGGCCCGGUGGGGUGCACAGCAAGUCAAGGAGGAGUUGGCCACGUGGUUGCGACCACUGACACUCCCGGAGCUACAGCGCUGCCUGGGCAUUGUUGGUGCUGAGGUGGCCCUAGAAGAGGCCUGGUGGCUGGAUGGCCUCAGUCUCCUUCCCUUGGCGCUGGCAACAGACAUCCCUGUACAGUAUGAACGCAGUGACACUGACAACACCGAAAAGGAGCCUGUUGGAAGAAGAGACACUAGGUCUAAGCUUGACUAUGAAGUUCCUAGGAAGAAGUCCUGCCAAAGGAGAAGCACUCGCGUCUUACUUGAUAUUUCUUCCCUGGGUAGCCAGAUGAUGACCAUUCUGAAGACAGAGGGAUUUCUGAAGAAGAUCCAUUUCCUCUAUCUCAAUGUGGCUCCCAACCGGUACUUUAGGCCCUACGACCUGAUGGUGGUGCCACCCAACAGGGUGAAUCCCGAGCACUACAUCUUCUCUCCCUUUGGAAUCCUGCACAUACAUCCUGUGGAAGGUAGUGACGUGAUGACAUUGGGUACCUGGCACCGCCACACUGUUCUCUGGGAGCAGCUCCAGUGCAUUCCAUUCUUCAAGUAUUGCCUCUUACGCAAGUCCUUGACCCGUUGGAAGAAGAAUGUGAGGUUGCAAAGGUUGCAUCGGCUCCAGACUUUCCUAGGAAAUCAUCUGCUCUCUGCUGUGCCUCACUUCGGAGCUGGGCUACUCCAGAUUAGCAGGAUUCUGCAGGAACUACGGUCUGUGUCCUGGCUACCCCAGGAACUAGAUCAGUGCUAUGAGGUGUUAGAACUGAAGAAAGCUCUAGCCAAGGAGAAGUACAAAGCUCAACGGCUGCUACAUCGUUGCCUGAACCUCUGCACAUUCAUUCUUCAACUGAUUCACGAGGACACGUACCACAUGCAACAAGGCUUGCAGGAGCGAGUGCAAAACUGCAACAGGAUCAGGACAGGCCACGGCUCCAUAUACCUUCAGAGGGUACAGCGCCAGCAGCUAGAGCAGAAGCUGAAGCAAGCAGAGGCCUGGUUGCUGCAACUGGGAAAGCUUGCCCACCUAGUUGACUACAUGAUUUGUCAGAGCCUUGUUUCUAUCUUGGAAAAGGAGAUAACCUCUUUUGUGGCCAACAUCCUGCAAGCCCCAAGGCAGAAACCCUUCUUCUCAUCACAGCUGAACUUCAAUGAUUGUGGCCAGCUGUCUCAUAUGCCCAAUGUUGAAAAUAUGAUCCAGAUUCUAUCAGAAGGCCUACAGUCUAUAAAGACCUCUGCCCUACAGGUAAUACAGUCUGCAGAUCAGAAGACCUCCUGGGAUUCCCUGUAUUCUGAAGACCGGAACAGGAAGAGGAGACCAAACCAGAUGGGACCGGAAGAGGAGACUGGACCAGAUAAGACCAGGCAAGGAAGAGGAGACCAGACUGGAGGAGGAAGAGGAGACCAAAUCAGAUGGGACCAGACGAGGAAGAGGAGUUCAGACAAGACAAGACCAGAAGAUGAAGAGGAGGACUCGAACACAGAGUUCCCGUUGCCCAAGUUCCAGGGCCAGCCCAGCGAUGCUGUGCGUAUCUUCUGCGGCCCAAAUGUAGGAUUGAUAUGGCCCUGGAAGACUUGCCCAAUUGCUGGUCUCCUGGAGGUCCGUGGGCACCGGCUGCGGGGCCAGUACUUGCCCCACAAUCUUGAGCAGCUGCGGGAAGACCUGGACAACAGCUCUCGAAUCCAGCAGGCACUGACUAAAUACCACAUGCUGAUGGAGGGGAUGCUGCGGGAGGUGCAGGAAUUCUGCAGUGAACAUCACUGGCUAACAACCAUUUAUGACUUCCUGCAAUCCUGGGGGCCUCAGAAGUUGGAGGACAUGAGAGGCUGUCCUGUCAAGAACUAUGUGAGGCUGGUGAGCCUCUUGAAUCAUUGGCAGGACCGUGUCUCCAAUAUGCCUAUCAAGUUUCUCACAAAAGGCAAGUUGCUGCUGGUGACCUGCCACGAUGUACAGGCAGAGAUGGAAUCCAAGCUGGACAACAUGAAGAAGGACAUCCUUGCACAGGUGCAGAACGAGUGCUGGACUCGCAGUCAGCAGCUCAUGACAGAGCUCACAGAGUUCACGCGGGUCUUCCAAAACAUCAACUCGGACAUUCAUGCCAUUGGGCAGUGCUCCCAGAAGUUGGAUAAGGCCAAUGAACAGUACAUGGAGCUGGAGAAGCGAAUUGAAUACAUACGGGCACUCCACGAACUCAUCCGCACCCACUUUAACCUCUUUAGUGCUGAAAAUGAGGCACUGGACAUCUCGGUGAGAGGACAAUUCAGGGAGUCACCCAUCCCUCCCGGUCCCCCUCCCCCACAACCACAUCUACUUCAUUACCCUCUGCUUGUCUCACAGCUUCUGGAUGUAUGGGAGGCAUUUCAGUUUGAGAAGAGCCAGGCCUCAGAGUUCUUGCUCAGCAAGCGACAUGCCAUCGUGCCCAAGCUGCAGCAGAUGAUGGCAGCAGCAUUGGCAGAGCUGGACAGCCUGCUUGAGAAAGCCCUGUCUGGUCCCUUCAUGGACCCCACACAAGAGCAGAGAAGCACUGAGCGUCAGCUCAUCUCCAUGGAGCGCCAGUUCCAGGACACAGUCAACCACCUCGGUGAACUGCACCAUGCCUAUGUCACCUUCACUGGGGAUGAGAGACCUGUGCCUUUGCCUAUCUGUGGGACCCGUCCUAUUGUGCAGCAGCAACGCAUCUGGCACCUGUACCGAGUCAUCUCUGAAAACAUCAGCGAGUGGAAGUGCAUGGCUUUUGCCAAGUUCAGUCUGGCUAUGGCCCAGGAGAAGACAAAUGUCUGGCUGACGGAGGCAGCACGGAUGUGCGCGACCCUGGGGCUGCACAGCCCAGUGCUGCAACGCUGCAUGCGAAUACUGGAGGAGUUUCGCAACUACCUGCCAUUGCUCACCAAGCUGAGCAGCCUCCAACUGCAGAGCCCCAUCUGCCAAUCCCUCCUGCGAGCCUUAGGGCUGGGCAGUCACCAAAACCUAGAACGCCUAACACUGGGCCAGCUGCUCGCUUGUCCACUGCUGGAGUUUGCAGAUCGAAUCAACCAGGUCUGGCAGUACGAAAACAACCGAAUUCAGGCCCAAGAGACCCUACGGAAGCUACAGCGGCAUUGGGAAGUUCGCCAGCUGCGCCUGCUCAACUUCAUCCUGCAUGUCCCCUACAAGCCACCAGUCUCAGAGCGUUCCAAGAGACACAUGCUCCACAGCCCCCAAUGUGAGGUAGUGGACAAGGAUAGUGGCACCUUUAUCCUCUCAGAUUACAGCAGCCUGAAGGAUUCCAUCCAGGAAAGUCUUCAAGUGUUGUUCAAGGUCCUGGCCAUCCAAAAAUCAGGAGACUUACACAAAAUAUCUCUGGAGUGGGUGACCAUCAUGCAUGGCCUGAGUGCCCUGCUGGAGGUGUGGGUAACUUUCCAGCAGAAGUGGAUUUUUCUGAAUAAAGUUCUGCAUGAGAUGGAGAUCCAGUUUCCUAAUGCUGACCUGGACUCUCGUUUCAAGGCCACGGAUGAACAGUAUCGAGCCCUGAUGCACAUCUCUGUAGCUGACCCCAUGGUUCUGUCACUUAUAGUGCCCAGUGCCAAGAGGAGCCCUUACUACCAAGGCCAGCAGCUGCAACAACUGCUGCAAGCAGGAUCAGCGGAGCUGGAGGGUAUCAUCAUGGCUUUGGAGAGUGUGCUAUAUGGGAUGUGUGCUUACUUCCCCCGCCUCUUCUUCCUCAGUGACAGUGAGCUGGUAGCCCUGCUGGCUUCCCCACUAGAGUCAUGCGAGGCCCAGCUAUGGGUCCAACGCUGCUUUCCUCACGUGCAUGCUGUGAGUUUCAAGUCCCGUUCAACUGAUGAGAAAAACAGGAACGACCAGGCACCAAGCCCAAGCACACAGGCUGAGCUGGAGGCACUUGCAGUGCUAGGGGUGGGUGGGGAGGUGGUGAAGCUGCAGGAGCCCCUUCCUCUGCAUUCAGAUCUCCCUAAGUGGCUGGCCUCUCUGGAGAAGUGUCUGCGCUUGGCAUUGGUGCACAUGCUACAGAACUGUGUGGCUGCCCGCCUUGCCCAGGGGCCAUCCCUAAGUGAAGCCUUCAAGCAAAGCCAGUUGCCCCAACAACUAUAUGUCUACCGCUGGCUGGAUUUAGUCGAGGCCUUCCCAUGGCAGUGUGUGCUGGUGGCAGAGGAGGUGGUGUGGCGGGCUGAGAUGGAGGAGGCUCUGCUUAAAGGGAGGACCCCAGCCAUGGCCACCGUGCAUACGCGCAGGCUUGAGGCACUGGUGAAUUUUGUACGGGGCCAGAGGGGCUCCCAGGAUGGGCAGCCCCUUUCCUCUGUCCGCCAGACCAGCCUGCUCAGUGCCCUGCUGGUCAUGGCAAUGACUCACCGGGAUAUAGCACAGUUGCUGGAGCAGCACCAGGUCAGAGAUCUAACAGACUUCCACUGGGUUCGCCAACUUAAGUAUCACUUGGGUUCAUCUCACAUGAUCCUCCAAACCCCCCUGAAAAGUCUCAAGGCUAUCACAUCUACUGAGCCUUCUGUGUCACCAGCUGCGUGCUGGGUAGAUGUACUGGGCCGGUCCUUCCUGUACAAUUAUGAGUACCUGGGUCCCAGACUGGGCCCUCUACCCAGCCUGCUGCCAGAGCGAACAACCCUGGUGCUGUUAUUGGCCCUGGAGGAAGUGGUCUGUGGGACCCUCCUGGGCCCUGAUGGUGUGGGCAAGGUUGCUACAGUGAAAAGCCUGGCACAGGCCCUGGGCCGCCAGCUGGUGAUGCUGUCCUGCUCACCGCAAAUAGAGGCCCAGUGCCUGAGCAACUACCUGAAUGGUGCCCUGCAGUGUGGUGCCUGGCUGCUGCUGGAUGCAGCUCAGCACCUGCCCUCUGGCUUGCUCUCUGCCUUGGGCCAGCGCCUGGCUGAACUGCACCACAUUUAUGCCCCACUGUAUCAGGAGGCUUCCCAGACCACCAGCACCACAGACCCCACCCAGCCCCAGCUCCUUGGCAGUGGUUUCUUUGAGAAACAUCACGUGUCCAUGCGCCUUGGCUAUGGCUGUCUCCUGACACUACGUGCCCUGAGCCCUGUUGUGCCUGCCAACCUGCACUUGCUACUGCGGCCUGUGGCAUUGGCACUUCCUGAUCUCCAGCAAGUGGCAGAGCUGACCCUGCUGGGAGCAGGGGUGCGGGAUGCCUCCCGCAUGGCUACCCGCCUAUCCAAAUUCUUCUUCCUAGAGCGUGAGCUUGUGUCUGGGCCCCUGCCCUGCCGGUUGCCACUGCUCAAGCAGAUACUAACAGACACAAUACAGACACUAAAUGAGACCAACGGGAAACCCAAGACUCAACAGCAGCACAGCCAGGCUGCCAUUGAGGAGGCUGCCCUACUGCAUGCCCUGCUGCGCUCACCACUGUUCAACAUCCUCAAUGGGCUCCGCCUGCAUAACCUCCGAGAGCUGCUCUGUGGGCUUUUCCCUAAUGCCAGCCACGUGUUGGCAGAGCCUAUGACCCAAAGGCUGCUGAAGCCACUAACGGUGGAAGAACUGAGGCAGGUAGGCCUGCAUCCCAGCCCUGACAUUUUGGGGUCCCUGGAACAGCUGAGCCAGGCCCUGUGCCGGGCCUCAGGCAUUCUGCUCCUGGGACCUGCAGGCAGUGGCAAGACCACUUGUUGGCACAGCUUAUUUAAGAUCCAUAAUCGGCUGGCAGCCAUGGAGGCCACCUCAACCCAUGGCUACCAGCCUGUGGAAAUUACCCACCUAUACCCCAGUGUCCUCAGUCCCCAGGAGUUCUUGGGAUGGAUAGAGGGCCCCUGCUGGCACCAUGGUGUCUUCCCCAGGGUACUUCAAGCAGCCAGUCAGUGUAACAACAUGGGGCCAAAAGGGCAGAAGGGGGAAUCAGUGGGGAUCCAGCACUGGAUAAUAUGUGAUGGGGCCUCUAGUACCGCUUGGCUGGACUCCAUCACUUGCCUCCUGAGUGAGCCCCCCCAGCUUAGUCUCCCCAGUGGACAGCAGAUAGCACGACCCCCAGGUACCUUUCUCCUGAUGGAGGUGGCAGAUGCAACAGGCAUGUCUCCCACAGUGGUGGGCUGUUGUGCCCUAGUCUGGUGUGGUGGGGAGCAGACUUGGCAGUGCGUGCUUAGUGUCCUGAUGGCAUCCCUGCCCCAUGAGUACCACCUGCAGCAACAGACACUCACGGAGCUCAACCGCCUGGCUGAAGUUCUGGUGCCUGCCACGUUCCGAUUCCUCACCCGCCACGGUGCCAGCUCUGUGCUGCAGGUACAUGGGCAGCAGGCUGUUUGCCCAGGUGUGGCAGAAGUCACCAGCCUGGCCCGCAUCUUGCGUGCUCUGCUUGACCUCCACCUGAGUCUAGAGGAGAAGAAGGCACAUGGCCGAGAGGACCUCAGCUUUAGCCAUCCUGUGUCCCAAAGCAUCAAGUCUUCAAAACGCAGCUCUCUGAACCAGGCCCAGGCUGACAGCAAUGACGUAUCGAAUAAUCACAGGGAACACUUGCUGGCUGUCAGCAGUUUUCUCUUUGCCCUGAUCUGGGGCUUUGGAGCCCACCUUCCCUCCAGGCUCUGGCUCCUCUUUGAUAACUUCAUGAGGGGUUCCAUUUGCUGCCUCUCCAACUACCCUGAGCCACCACCCUCAGCCUUGGUGUUCGAUCUACAUGUAAGCCCUGAAGAUGGGACACUGGCCCCCUUCACUGGGCAAUACCUGAGCAACCACGUGAAAGCGCCUCUGGGCACCUUCCACCCUAUUACUCAGACUGAACCGCUCUUUUAUGUGGUGGACCUGCUUCUGUCAGCGGGACAGCCAGUGCUGCUGGCUGGAGAGGCAGCAACAGGGAAGUCAGCCUUUGUGGAGGCGCUAGUGGAGCCAAGUCACCCUUACAUAUACAGCACCAUCCACCCUGCCUUCAGCUCCACCCACCUCCGUCUCCUGCUGAGUAAAGGGGUCCAGGGCCAAGCCCAAGCCAGCCUGCCUGGGCACCACCAGGAUUCUAAAGGCUCCCUUCUCUUCCUGCUGGAGGAUCUGCACCUGGCCACUUCUGACCCAGAGAAGAGCUGCCAGCCGGUGUUGGAGACUCUGCGCCAGGCCAUAAACGGCACUGUGUAUGCCCAUGGCACCUUGGAACUGCAGACGCUGCAGCCUAUAGUCAACUUCCUUGCCACUGUCACAGUGCCAGGCUACUGUGAGCGUCCACUAUGCCCACGCCUCUUUCGACUCUUCACAGUGCUGGCCCUGGAAAGCAUGACCAAGGCCACCCUGGUGAGCAGGCAUGUGCCUGGUAUUCAGGCCUGGCUUGAGCGCUUCCCUUCUAUGGAGCGGGAGGGUGUUCUGGCAAGAGCUCUGGUCUGGGCCUCAGUAGAGGCUUGGGAGGCUGUGUGCAACUGCUUCAUGCCUUCACCCCUCUGCCCACACUACCGCUUUUCCCUGCACUCAGUGAGCCAGCUAUUGGGCAGCCUGCAGCUGCUGCCCACCAGAAUAGGCUCUCGAGGUUUUGUGGACUGUCCCAAACACCAGGAGCACUUGCGCCGGGUGUCAGGCUUGCGUGGCACUCGCCUGAACAUUAUGGUGGCCACGCGCAACAUGGUGCGUCUUUGGUUGCAUGAGGCACAGAGAAUAUUUUGUGACCAGCUAGACAGCCCUAGGGAACGCUCCUACUGUGCCAAGCUGCUCCUAGAAGUAGCUCAGAGUGUCUUCUGCUGUGGGCUGCGGCCCCAACACCUGGGUAAGGACCUUGAGGAGGAGGAGGAGGAGGAGGAGAAGGUGCCUGAAGUGGAAUCCGAAGGGGAGUUGGCCCAGUGGGAGGACUCAAGCAAUAGCAACAGUGAGACAGAGGAGGAAGAGGACCCUUAUGGCCUUCAGAUCAUCAGAAGCUCAUACCCCACUAAUCCAACUCAGACACCAUCCAUAAAGCCAGCAAUCAAGGAGACCAGAGAAAGCAUCAGUCACGAGAUAAGGCAGGAGAAAGACACAAGGGCUUCCAGCCCUCAGCUCCAGGAAAAUAAAUCAUCCAAGUCUUGGUGGCAUAAGGCACCCCAGAUGGACCAAAUCUCACCACUAUUGCUACCAGUGCUACUACUCCGUCCCCAGGAAAAGCCCUCAGAUCUGGUCUUCAGUCAGGAGCUGAUACUGAGGUCUAACUCUGAGAGCCCCAACUUGUACCUGGAACGACAAUGGGAGAGCCUGGAGGAGCAGCUGGCCACCUCAGCUUCUCAGCUGAAGCUGAGCCCCAACCUUGCCCGAUGCCACUCCAUGGCCCAGCAUGUGGCCCGCCUAGUCCGGAUGCUGGCCAAGCCCCGGCAGCAUGGCCUACUGCUCUCACAGGCUGAGGGUACUGGGCGCCAUACUGCUAUCACUCUGGCUUCUUGCAUUUGUCAGGCCCGCCUCUUACAUCUGCCAUCUGGGUCAGAGGAGGACAUUCUCCAGUGCCUACGAGAUGCCAGCUGGCAUGCUGGCAUGUUAGGACAACCAGUAGCCCUGCUGGUGCCCAAGCGUGUGAAUCUUAUAACCCUUCAUCGCCUAUUGGCCCUGGCAACCUCAGGCAGUUUCCCUGAUCAGUACACAGAGGUGGACCUGGACGCCAUUGAAGAACACUUCCCCAGGGAGAACACUGGUGCCAAACAGAACAUCAAGAAGGAAAUGGUGUUACCGAGGUUCUACCAGCAAGUAUGCAGCCACCUGCACAUGUUCUUCCUGAUUGAAGAUGAACAGAGCCGCAAGCAGAUGUCCUCCACCCUUUUUCUGAGGCUCCUUCAACUGGCCACUGCCAGCAUUGACCACUAUGAACCCUGGGACCAAGCUGCCCUGGUCAAGGUGGCCCAGCACCACCUGGAGCGUGCUCAGAGUCUACCCCUUGAUGAUGGUUUAUGGAAGGGCCCAGACCUCCAGGCCUCAAUUCCCAGUGUGGCCAAAGCCAUGGCUUGGAUCCACCUUUCGGCUGCCUGCUACCACAAGCAACUGUGCCCUGUAUUGCCACUUGUCACCCCCAAGACCUUCCUAGACUUUCUGGACACCUUCCUGCUACUGCAACAACAGAUGAUUCUGCAGAUGAAGAACAAGGCUAAGCAGAUCCAGAAUGCCAUGAUGAAUCUGAAAAUGCUGAUUAACGAGCACAAUGCCCAUGCCAACCUGAUCUUCAGCUUGGAACAGAAGCUGAUAGACUCCCGCAAGAACCUCAGCAUAUUUCAGCAGCAGCUAGAGAAAAUCAAGCUCCAGUACAGGUGGCAGCUGACAGAGUGUCGGCAUCAGGAGACCCUCAUUGAGAGCCUGACUAAGCAGCGGGAUAUCCUGCGGGAUCAGUAUGAGGCGUUCCUGGAACAGAUGGACAAGGCAUUUCUGGGGCCUCUGAGCCAGCUGCAAGUAGCUGACUUUGAGGAGAUACGGAGCUAUCGAGCACCACCAGAAUCUGUGGUCAGGGUGACUGAUGCACUGUGUGACCUCUUCCACUGUGAAACAGGCUGGGCCAGUGCUAAGCAACUGUUAUGCACUGAAGAUUUUUAUCAGGAGCUGGUGUUCUUCCCCAAGGAGAAGAUGACAGACGCAGAGCUGGUAAAGUUGCACCUAGCUCUGCAUGCUCCAGGUAUGAGCAAUGCAGCCCUGCAGGCAGUCAGCGCAUCUGUGGCAAGACUGGCGACCUGGCUCUGGGCCGUUAUGCGUUAUGGGCUGGCACAGCGCCGGGGGCUGCCCACUGGCCUGCUGCUGCAGCAAGUGGAGGUGACACUAGCUCGGGAGCAUGCUCGCCUGGGCCACUACCAGUUUCAGGUCCAGGAGUUCCUGGAGCAGAGUUUGGCUCUGGUUAAGAAGGUGGAGGAUGCCCAAGUUGCUUAUAACUCUGUGGUGGAGGCCCUCAAUUGGGCACUGAGCGACCAAUAUCACAAAUGGCCCAUAAAGGCUGCACUGCUCACCCCCAUGUACUCCUGGAAUAUACAGCUCCAGAAGGUGAAGGAGCACUGCAUUACUGUGUUCGGAGAUGCCCUUCUACGUGCAGCCGCCAUCACCUACCUGGGUCCCUUCCCACCACUGCGGCGCCAAGAGCUCCUGGACAAGUGGCUGGCUCUGUGUAGGGGCUUUCAGGAGGCCCUGGGCCCAGAUGAUGUGGCACAGGCACUGAAGCAGAAGCAAAUAUUUGUCAACAUGCCACCAAAGAAGCCCCUGCUGCCCACACGCUCUUCCUUUAGUAUUCUGUCCUUGAUGAGCUCUGUGUCCGAACAGUGCCAGUGGGACCGAGAAUUGAAGCCACAGGCAAAGUCAGCCCGCUUGGCAGGCCUGCUUCUGCGAAGUACCACCCACUACAGUAGUUGCCGUUGGCCUCUGCUGCUUGACCCCAGCAACGAGGCCCUCAUGUGGUUGAACCCAUUGCCUCUGGAAGAGAACACAGGCAUGGUGCCCUCGGGUAGAGGGAAGAGACUCGUGAGAAACCAAAAUAAAGAAAGUAAAGAGGAGGACAGGAAAGAGGAAGAUGAUGAUAGUGAAGACAGUCAGGAGGCUAAGCACCAGACAAAAGAGAAGAAGAGGGAAGAAAGGGAAAACAAGGAGGAGGAGUAUGUGCAAGAGCAAGAAGAGGAAAAAGAGGAAAAAGAGAAAGAGAAGGAGAAGGAGACGGAGAGCCAGGAGACACAGCCAGCCUCUGAGACUCAGUCUCCACCUCUUCCCUAUCUUAGUGUGCUCUCAGGCGCCGACCCAGAGCUGGGUCCUCAGCUCUUGGGGGCAGCUGCUGGUGGCCUGCCCGUGCUACUGACCAACGUGGAGCUGGGCCUAGAGUGCCAAGAACUGCAAUGGUUGCUGCACCGGGAGCAGCUGAGUCCACCCCAGGUGCAGCCUGGCUUCUGUCUCUAUCUGAGCACCACCCUGCCCCUCCAUGCCUUGGAAAAAGUGCUAGGUCGUGAACUGCUGAAGGGGCUGAAUGUGCUGGAUCUGGGCCUGAACAUGGAAAUACUAGAAGAACAGAUGCUGCAUGAAAUCUUGUUCAGAGAGCGUCCUGAGCUCGAGAACCGCUGGCAGGACCUGAAGAUCAGAGCCCUGGAUGCUUGUGAAGCCGUGGAGGCUGCUGAGGAGCAGCUGCUGAUGAGGCUGCUGCUCCAGAAUUCGAAGUGUCAAAAACCAGCUAAGUUUCUGCGGAACAUGGUGAGGGCCCAGGCAGAGCUCUGUCAGCUGCGUGCCCAUUCCGAAGAGGUAGAAGAGAAGAAGCUACAGGAGAUGGUAUUAUGGGCACCUUAUCGGCGUGUGGUUUGGCAUGGAAUGGCCAUUAUAAAGGCCCUAAGCCAACUGCAGAAUUUGCUGCCACUUUUCCGUAUGAGGCCAGAGAACUGGCUGGCUGUCAUCAAGCAGGCUCUAGACAGGAUGAAGCCAUGUGAGAUUCAUCGUGGGGAGGACCUGGCCAGCCAUCUGCUGCUGCUGAGAACACACCUGACCCGCCAACUGCUGGGCAGUGUCGUGGCCGCACUGGGCCUGACCCAAGUACCCCUGGUGGGUGCCUUGGGUGCUUUGGCUCUGCUGCGAGUGACAAGGAAGGCAUCAGAGCUGGAGAGGCUGGCACUCUGGCCUGGAUUGGCAGCCUCUCCCAGCACAAGUCACAGCAAGAAAGUCCCGAGGGUGACUCGACCUGCCUGGGUAGGGCCAAGAGCCUGGCAUGAAUGUGAGUUGUUAGAGCUGCUUCCCCCAUUUGUUGGGCUGUGUGCAUCCCUGGCAGGCCACUCCAGGGUUUGGCAGGCUUAUCUGUCACUGUCAUCCACAGUGCUGGGUCCUGCACCUGGGCCUGGUUCUGAGCCACUCAGCCUCCUCCAGAAGCUGAUCCUGUGGCGUGUGCUGCGACCUGAGUGCCUGGCAGGUGCCCUGGCAGACUUCACCACCAGCCUCCUGGGCCGGCCCCUGGAUGAAAACUUGGGUGCCCCCACCAUGCCAUUUAAACAUAGUCAGGCCACUCAGCCCAUGCUGAUCUUGUUGCCACCACCUGGUCACCCCACAGCCACUUUGCAUCCCUUGAGUGUCAUCCAGAAACUGGCUGCCAAGCAUGAGCAGGGGCAGAAACAUCUGCAGGUGAUAGCCCUGGGCUCUGAAUCCUGGGACCCAGUCUCGGUCGUGGUCAGCACUCUAUGCCAGGCCAUGAACAAGGGGCACUGGCUGGUGCUAGAUAACUGUCAUCUGAUGCCUCAUUGGCCGAAAGAGCUGCUAAAGCCCUUGCUGGGACUGUUGGAUGGAGCCAAAGUGGUCUCGGACCCGGAAUUGGAACUGCUUUUAGCCCAACCUCAAAGCAGGAAUGUGACCACAGUCCACAGAGAUUUUCGUCUUUGGCUUAUUGUGUCUGCGGAGUCUACUGCUUCCUUGCCAGCUGUGCUGACUCAGCACUCCAUGCCUGUUUUCUGGGAUCAAUCCCUGGAGCUGGGCCACGUUUUGAUCGACAGCAUGGAGCUAGCCCAGCAAGGACUUUACAUGCAACCCCCAACCCAGGCACUGCCCCUGCUCCUCCUACAUGGCCUUCUGCUACACCGGCAGCUCUACAGAAUGAGGCUGCAGGCACACAGGGGCCGCUGGAGUCAAGUGACCCUAACCCAGGUCCUUAAGAUCCAAGAUCAGCUGUGGGCCAGUCUCAGCAAUCCCAGUGCUGCCAUGAAGCAGCUGGCUGCUUCAGUUUUCUAUGGGGGUCCUGUUGGGGACACCGAGGACAGGAAGGUCCUGACUAGCCUCACACAAGCCUGCCUGAGUCCCAGCAGUGGGAGUUGGGUCCAACCACACACACCACAGCAUCUGCUGGCCACACUGAUGCCCAGCCCAGAGCUAGGGGAGCUGGAUGCAAUGGCAGAGUGCAAGGCCCAGAUGCAACUCCUGCCCACACCACCUGAACCCCGGAUCUGUGGACUGAGUGAGGGCACCCGGGCCUGGCUGUUGCGACGCCAGAGUCGCGCUCUCCUGAGCGCUCUGCAGCUGAGUUCACCUGCAUGGGUUCCUGCGGCUCGCGGAAGCGCCCAGCGUACAGAAAGGCGACUGCGGCAACGCCUAGUGCAAGCCACGCGGAGGCUGGAGUCACUGCAGAUGCUGCUGACUAACCCUGCUCGCCAAGACGAGUUUAGAGCCCCAUGGGCCGUGCUGGGCCCGAAUGCGCGGCGGCCUCUCGAAGGCUUCCUAGAGGUCGAGGCGCUGGAACUGAACCAGCUGGCUGGCAUGAUACAACGGGACCUCAACUGCCUGUUGCAGCAGCUGAAGGGCGCACCUCCGUGCACCUCCCGGCGUUGUGCCUCAGUGGCCCAUGCCCUCUGGAAUGGCCGCCUACCCAAGCCUUGGCAAGCUCAUGCGCCCGCCCGUCCGCAGCCGCCCUGGCACUGGCUGCGACAGCUGUCGCGUCGUGGGCAGCUGUUGGUUCGCUACCUGGGCGUGGGCGCGGGCAGGGGCACGGGGACGGGCACGGAUACCGACACCAAUGAACCAGAGCAUAUCUUCCACCUGUCAGCCUUUAGCCACCCGCGCCGCCUAUUGCUGGCACUGCGUUGGGAGGCUGCCCUUAACCAGAAUGUGUCUGCCUCAAAUCGUCCUGGUAGCCAAGGCUUAGGUUUCACUCAGUUCCCGUAUAGACGUCAGGAGUUAAAGAGCAGCCCUCUGCACCUCCAGGUGGAGAAUGGCCCAAAUCCCUCGGCUCCAGAGAGUGGUCUGCUGCUGAUCGGGCUACAGCUCCUACACGCGGAGUGGGACCCCAUAGCUGGGGCCUUGCAGGACAGUCCUUCCAGCCAGCCCAGCCCUCUGCCUCCGGUCAGCGUCAGCACACGGGCCCCGAACGCCACAGACCUUCCACCCCCAGCCGGCCUGCCUGUGUACUCCUGUCCUGUGUACAUGGCAGGGCCCCUCGGCACCACGAAGCUGCAGAGCAGGAACAUCCUGAUGCACCUGCCCCUACCCACAAAGCUCAGCCCUGCCACCUGUGUCCAACGGAGAGUCCAUGUGUGCAGCCCACCCCUGCUCUGAGCCCCUCUACCAAAAUAAAGUUGUAGUUAUUCCAUGA